UCAAAAAUUAUUGUGUGUGCAUUGGGCUUGGGUACGGCAGUAAGCAGUUAGUUUGCUCAGUGUUCCUGAGACGAAAGUUCAAAUCCUACAUUUGAUGAGUUGGACUCUGGAGUCUGGUUGAACUGCCUUGCUGGGUUUGGCUUCGAUGCUGCGCUAGCACGUAGAGCUGCUGUGCUCUCUCCACUCCUACUUACUUGCUUGAGCAACCCCACCGCUCGGUAGCCGUCUGCGAGGCCUCACCGCGAAACUUUUCGUCAAAAUCGCCCUGGAAUCAGCGAGGCCAGCGGAGUUGGAACGUUGACUUGCCAGUGCAAGAAGAAAAUAAUUAUAAAAAUGGGUCUGCUUGCAAUGUUGCGCAAGCUGCGCGGCAGCGAUCACCAAGAAGUGAGAAUUCUCCUCCUCGGUCUGGACAAUGCCGGCAAGACAACGAUCCUGAAGCAACUGGCGUCGGAGGACGUCACACAGAUCACACCUACGCAGGGAUUCAACAUCAAGAGCGUUAAGAACUCUGGUUUCUCUCUAAACGUAUGGGAUAUCGGCGGCCAGCGUCACAUCCGGCCGUACUGGAAGCACUACUUUGACAACACCGACUGUCUGGUAUUUGUGAUCGAUAGCUCUGACAAGAGACGGCUAAACGAAAGCGGAUCGGAGUUGGCCGAACUUCUGCAUGAAGAGUCUCUCUCACAGGUACCAGUCUUGGUGUUUGCCAACAAGCAGGACCUCUUCUCGUCGGAACCUCCGGAUGUGGUUGCCUCCGGGCUGCAGUUGGAGAAAGUAAAGGACAGGUCGUGGCAGAUUCAGGGAUGCAUCGCAACAACGGGCGAAGGUGUACAGGAUGGCUUUGACUGGAUUUUGGCCCAGGUGCGCGAGAAGGCCAAGCGAAAAGCGCAGGAGAAGGCCGCCAAGAAAUAGACGGCACGAGAGCUGUGUUGUGGCGCAAGUGCAUGGCAAGGAGACGUCGUCGCGUGGACGCGUCUUGAAUGGCAUAGCGCGUGCACACUGCAACCGCCACGGGACGGCAGAGCAACCUAGUUUCAACCCCAGCGUUUUUAGUGCAUGUGUCGCCAUCCACAAUCACACGGCCAUCGUCCCUGAUCCUUUUGCCCGGGCUGCUGUACUUGUGUCCCUGGUAUCGGUGGUCUGGACAGCACAAGGUACUACUGUACAUGUAUGUGUCUCUGGGGGGGCUGCUACACAGACUUUGAAUGCAUCCCAUAACAACCAGUACUAGUCUUGCUGCAUGGACACAAGUGGGUGACAAAACACACGCUUCCAUGAAACUGUCUCGUCUGAAUGAAAUUCUAUUCUAUUCUAUGAUCGAACUCGAAGUGAAUGCCGCAUUUAUAUAGAGAUAAUUGAUAGAUGAACAGUUUUGUCAUGCAAAUGGCUUACGACCAUGUAGAAAACAUGUUUCCCUGCACAUUUACAUAAUUUUGUAUUCGUUGCCUAUUUUAUUGCCGUUUUUGAUGCCUCUUCAUCCUAGAUCCUGCAAAGAAUUCACAUUUCUUCUUUGGUGAUCCUGUCUGUUCACAAACAAUUUUUUAAGCCGUCAGAAAAAAUCUUCUGCCCCCCCCCCCCA